AUGGGCGACGGCAAACUUCCUGUUGAUCCAGCAACACAGGAGAUAUCGUUCCCACCGAAUUUCUGCCAACUACAGUCAUCAAAAGAAGAUCUUGAGAAAAACGUAUUCCCGAACAUUAUAAACAAUUUCAGGAAUCACGAUUGGCUUUGCGAGCGUGCUAUCUUAGCCCCAAAGAAUGAUGACGUCAAUCGAAUCAAUAACAUGAUUCAAAUGAAACUUCCUGGUGCAAUUAUGGAAUACAAAUCCAUUGAUACAGUCAUAGAAGAAGAUCAAGCUGUUAAUUAUCCAGUGGAGUUUCUCAAUUCAUUGGAACCACCUGGAGUUCCACCCCACAAACUUAGGCUAAAAAUCGGUUCACCAAUAUUGCUUCUACGAAAUCUCAACACGCCAAAGUUAUGCAAUGGAACCAGACUUUCCGUGAAAAAACUGAUGCCGAACGUGAUUGAAGCAACAAUAAUUAAUGGCAAAUGUAAGGGUGAAGAUGUGCUGAUUCCGCGCAUUCCUAUGAUUCCUACUGAUUUGCCCUUCACUUUCAAACGACUACAAUUUCCUGUGCGCCUUGCUUUCGCAAUAACGAUCAACAAAGCUCAGGGGCAGUCGCUGCGCGUUGCCGGACUACAUUUAGCGAAUCCAUGUUUUUCGCAUGGACAGCUAUAUGUGGCUUGCUCCAGA